UGAAUUCAAGAAUCAAUUCCGUGUAACUUGUUUCAAUCCUGGAUUUAUUCCAGAAACAAGUUUGACAAGAAAUAUUGAUCCUGAAAGAAAAAAGGGAAUGAUUGAACAUGCAAAGGAUUUGAGAAGAGAAUUAUCUGUUUCUGGUGGCGAUUUAGCAAAAUUGGUGAAUCCAAACGAAACUGGAAUAAUCUCUGGAUCUUAUUAUGAUGGAAAGGAAAAGAAAAAUUCCUCUGACGAAUCCUACGAAGUGGAAAAACAAGUUGAAUUGUGGGAAUCUAGUAAGAACCUCAUCAAGAAGGAUUCUGAAUUUUUCUUGUAA